AUAGCAGCAAUAGUAGACCCUAUCAGGUUUCUCAAGGAAGGGACUAACACACUCCCUCACACAUCUGUGCUGUGUAGAGCGGAGACACACCUGCAAACACAUACACUAGUGGAACCAGGGUAGAGACCGGACACACACACACACCUGUGCUUUGCAGAUUGGUGACACACCUGUCCAGGAGGAGGACACACUCAAACUCACCUGGAAUAUAUACUUCACUCUCCUGCUUCGACUUAAGGAACAACAGGACUGUGUACAAAGAAGCCUGCUCACGCUCUGCUCUACUCGCAACAGAACUCUGUUUACACUGUGGGAAGUGAGCCCAUCAAUAGAGAUAUUGCCACUCUACAUUCUCCAGCCUUACCCUAGCCCACCUUCCAGCCCUAUCUCUAGUUGCAGUGAUGGGAGCAUGUAGGAGUGUUUGGAGGUUGGGGGGCUGCGCCGGGGUGGUGUUGGCCUGGAUCGGGGCUCUGUUGCUGGGGUCCAGCUUGGCCCUGCCUCUUCCUGCCACCUGUCCUAAGGGAGUCUCUCCCUUGAACCUGAUCCAAACACAGUACCAGUCAAUCCCAGGAGCAGACGCAGGCUUCAUGUCCGGGGUUGUCCAGUCCUUCCUCCACACCGUCCAGCCCAACCCCUUCCCCAAAGAUCUGCUGGUUAAAUUAGUGGAGAAAAGUGGCAAUAUAUACAAUGACAAGAACACCAUCAAAGAGGUCCUUCUCUAUGAAGUUGGUUUCCUAGUGUGUGCUGCUAUAGGGAUUGUGUACAUUAUCCUUAUGCCCCUGGUGGGGUUCUGCCUGGCCUGCUGUCGCUGCUGUGGACACUGUGGAGGACGCAUGUACCAGGAACAGACUAAAGCUGUCCACUGUCACAGGAGAGGAUUAUACUGGGCUACACUACUCACAACACUAGUCAUACUUGCAGGGAACAUCUGCAUGUUCUUCACUAACCAGUUACUGAAAGUGAGUGUUGAGGACAGCUCUGUAGAAAUCAACAAUAACCUGGAAAACCUUCAAACCUACCUCACCUCUGUCCCUAAGCAAAUUGACAGUGUGCUGAUAGAGGGCAAUAAGACAGUGGAUGAGGUUACCAGAAGCCUCAAUGACAUAGGUCCUCUGCUGGGCAGAGAGAUCCAGAGAAGUCUAGAGGGCCCCCUGAACCCUGCCCUGAAGUCUGUCAGAGAAAUAGCCAAAGUGGUAAACCGUACCAGUGUCCUGCUGGUGGGGUUGAACUCUACUCUAACCCAGCUCCAGUCUGAUGUGACUGUGGUCCAGGCGAAUGUUUCCUCUGUCAGAGACCGCAUCAACAGCACACUGAGAGACCCUGACUGUCAUGGGUGUUCUGCCUAUCAGUCAGAGCUAGAGAAACUAACAUUUGACACCACUAUCACUAUCCCCAGUCUGAAUGAGCUGCAGUGGGUUGUUGAUGACGUCACCAAGGCUAAUCUCAACUCAAAAGUGAAAGAGGGAGAAUACUUAUUUGCCAGUAUUCCCCAGAGAGUGACCAACGACACCAGGGACAUGGUACAGAAUGUGAAGCAGCAGCUUGAAGUCAUCAAGAGACAGAUCUCUUCGGUGAAGGGAUACAUCCCUGUCUCUGCCCUCAGCAACAUCUCACACACACUGGGAGAGGCUCAGAGAUACAUCGACAUGUACUCACCACAGGCAGAGUGGGUAGAGAUGAUCAGGUGGGGUGUGGGUAUUAUCCUGAGCUGUGUCAUUCUCUUGGUCAUAGUGUGUAACCUUCUGGGUCUGUUUUUGGGUCUGGUGGGACUGAGCCCUCAAGACGACCCGACAGAACGAUCCAGCACCGCCGACUGCGCAGGAACCUUCCUAAUGGCGGGUGCAGGGCUAAGUUUCCUGUUCUCCUGGCUCUUCAUGCUGGUGGUGUUUAUACUGUUUAUACUGGGAGGGAAUGUCUACACACUGGUCUGCCAGCCCUGGCGCAGUGGACAGCUACUACAGUUUGUUGACACUCCGGGCCUGAUACCUAGAUUCCAUUUUAGAGAGAUACUGGGCCUGAAGAGCAACCUGUCUUUCAUUGAAGUAUACAAUGAAUGUGAACAGAACAGGCCUCUAUGGACAACCCUCCACCUGUAUGAGCUCAUAGACCUCAAUGAUCUACUCAACGUGUCCAAAUACAAAGAAGAGAUUCAGCAACACUUUGACAGUAAUGAGAUCAAACUGCCUACCAUCACCCUCCUCACACCUGAGACACGCAAACAGCUACACAGCUUCUCUGACAUGGUUCAUUAUGUUGACAUAAGCUCUGUCACACAGCAGAUCAACGUUAUUUCCAGCAUUAAUCUGACAGAAAUAGCAGGCAUGUUAGACCAACUUGCUACUGUUCAAAUUAAUACACGUGUUCAAUAUCAGCUGACACAGGAGGCUGAAGGCCUGAGAGGGAUUCAGUCAGGCAUUGUCACUACCAUCAUCCCACAACUGACUCAGUUGAACUCCAACAUAUUUGCCCUCAGUGUCAUAGCAUCAGAGAUCAAUGGCACAGUAGGAGAUGUGUUAAAUAAAGUGGGAACAGCUCAAGACUUCCUCAACACCAACACUACACAGAUAGUCAAGGCCGCGAGUAGGGAGUUCCUAGACUGUCAGAUGGGGUACUUCACGAUGUAUGCUGACUGGGCUAACCUCACGAUCACUCAACAGAUUGGUCUCUGUGGCCCAGUGGCAGAAGCUGUGGACUCAGCGAAGGUUGUAGUCUGCUCAAAUAUGAUGGAGUCUCUGAAUGCGUUCUGGUUCAGUCUGGGCUGGUGUAUGAUCUUCCUGGUCCCCAGCAUCAUCUUCUCCAUCAAACUGGCCAAGUUCUACAGGAGGAUGAAGCACAGCGAUGUCUACGAAAACCACACAGCCAAGAACAUCCUCCCCCGAGCCCAAGUCAAACCCUACUGAGCUGGGGGAAAGAGAGGACUGGCAAGGGUUGUUACUGCUCUCAGGGAAUAGAACCAGGGCUCUGCCACCCCACCCUGACAGAGGGACAUGAAUGGGUCGAACACUACAUGUACCACCUGAAUAAUGAUAUGAUAUAUUAUAUCAUAAUACAUAUGAUAUAUCAAAUAGGGUAGGUACAAGUUGCCGGCUUCAACAUAACGUCUAUAAUCAUGUCAUUGUGUUGUUUGUCUACCUUGUCAUUGACUUUUUAAUUUUUUUUAUAUAUAUAUUUUCUUCUAAGGAAUGAUAUUGAUUGAAAUAUUUGAUUCUGCAAUGAUACAAUUUUGAACCAGACAAUGAGUAGGAUAUGUGUUACGAAGCACUUUAGUAGGUCUGUUUAUAUAGGAAAAUGAUUUCUGACAUGCAAACUACUGUGAUUAAAGAUUUACUAUUGAUAGAGA